ACAUGUUCAGGCUCUCAAGUCGUCUUCGGUAACCUAUUUGCCUGAUGGGUGGAAUUAACUUCGUGGCUCUUGCUUGUACUCCAUCUACGUAUACAUAAGCACUCAUUACACUGGUACUGGUAUAAUUCUUGUGUCGUUUAUUAGAGCCUUUUCUCUUUCUUUCCAGAGGACAAACAUUUGCAUGAUGCGAAGUCGUUUCUUCGCAGUGGGUGUCUUGGUAACAGGGUUUGCCAAAAGGCUUAAAAUAGAGGUGAAAAUUACAGCAUGACAAGUUGAAGAAGUUGGACAACUUAACUAGUUGAGACAAAUCAUCGGUGAGAAAAGAUGACAUUUCAAGACAAACCAAAGUAACUGUUAAUAAAUGGAUGCUGCAAAGAACCUUGAUGACUGCUUCUAGUAAAGUAUGCUGUAUGUACAUGAAGCAUUCUUAGUUAAAGAGGUGCGAGACAACAUAUCUGGCGAUUUCUCCGUAAUGUUAAAAAUGCUUGUAAGAUUUCUUGACCUGUCAUUGAGUUUGUGUCAGUAAAUCAGAAUACACCUUGAUUCAGGCUAUUACUUGCCGCCUUGUAAACUGGUGACCCCGAAGAUGACUGACAACACCACAGCCACAGCAAGCAUCCACCCACCACCCUUCAGCAAGCAUCCACCUGCGACCCUUCACAACCAAGAGGCCUGGUUCUUCAGUGUGGAGACCAUCUUCAGGUCUAAGAUCUCCACAUCCCACAAAGCCAACGAUGUCCUCAAGUUCCUGCCAGAUGACGUCUUUGAACAAAAAGCAGAAUGGCUCGCCGACCAAAUGACCACUGUCAUCUACGAAGCACCGAAGGACCAGCUAAGGCCAUCCUUCAGCAUGCUGCCUGCCCUCAAAGCAAAGAAGUUCCUAGACAAUGUGGGAGCAGCAACAGGAGACCAGCAACCGUCACAAGUCUACAAGCAACUGCGGUAGCUAAUUACAAUCCAUGCCCAAGAUAGCUGCCCAGAAACUACAUUGGACCUUGUAAGAAAAGCCCUACUUGUAAAAUUACCCUGCCAAACAGUCACAGCCAGUUUAAGGCAUCAGCCAAGGACCUCAAUUUUUUUGGAGAUGGUCGACACUGUCCAGUUGGCCCCAUGUCGACUGAGCUUACGCAGCUGCCCCACAGCCAGACAUAAGGGACCAGACAGUCGACUGAGCCUAUGCAGCUGCCCCACAGCCACACCUAAGAGACCAAACAGUGAUCAAAAGGGCCCCGCUGCAAUGGAGAGAGAUAAUGUACCAGCUGAUGGUGGACAGGAUGAUAAACUGGGUAUUCACUGAAGAUUAAAACCACUCUCCAUCCCACACUGCUUCUGUUGCUUUGCCUUACUGUGUCCAUAAGUCUUCAUACCUAUGGUAGAGUGAAGGUAGUAGGGCCUGUUUUCAGUAUUGUAGGGAUAUCUCUACAAGCAUGACAAUCGUUAGUACUGCUGUCUCACAUUACAAGACCCUAAUAAUAAGUUUUUUCUUCUUGACUAUGGAAUGAAGAGGACAGUCACUCAUCAGUGCUUGUCUAAGUAGUUAUACAGUAUAUUGCCAUUGAAUGCAAUCAUUUGUUUGUUAUGAACAUCAUAAAUAUUACUGAUGGAAUUCAUUUCCUAAAUACAUACAUUGCAUGUCUCCAACCUCCUAGUUUUUUCAUUGCAAGUGCUGAGGCAUAGGGGUGGGCCAUCCCCAUGCCUCAGCACUUGCAAUGAAAAAACUAAGAGGUUAGAGACAUGCAAUGUAUUGUAUUUAGGAAGUAUAUUUCAUCAGUAAUAUUUAUGGUGUCCAUAUAAAAUAAAUGACUGCAUUUGAUGGUAAUAUAUAUCUACUUAGACAGGCAAUGAUGAAUAUUCUAAAUGCUUACAAUGGCACAUCUGAUUAUGAUUAUAAAAAAAUAAAACUGUACUCUCAAACAUUUCCUGCCAUUUUUGUCCUUAAUAAACAAUGCUACAGAAUC